AUGGAUCUCACAGAAGAGCCUGCGUUUUUGAACGUUCCAUCUUUAGCAAUACGAGAAAAGCACGACAUUAUCAACUUACAAAGAAGCAUUUCGCUUACAGAAUACUCUGCUGCAUCCGAGGGUGCUAUAUCAUUCUUACCCCCUUGUUAUUCAUCCCCUUGUUCUCCCCUACGAUUAUUCAACUAUUCGCAACUUUCGGAUUUGGAUCCAUCACUUGUUCCACCUCCGCCCAAACACGACAAGUCCCCCACCGCAGUCACUUGCCAAUGCACGGCUUCCGUCCUCACAAAGGACGGCCAGAUCUUGUGCAUUGCUGUGUUGAAUGGUGUCAUGGCCUACACGGGAUCAGACAGCAAUGUGAUUCGGGUUUGGAAGCUUCCGGAGUUUAAGGAAGUUGGGCAGCUGAAGAGCAAAGCAAAGAUGGUGGUGGCAAUUCAUGUUUCGGAUGACAGGGUUUUUGCGGCCUAUGGUGAUUGCAAGAUUAGGGUUUGGAGUCGUCGUCAUUGCGGGGAUGUCACCAGGCACGUUAGGUUAGCGACGAUUCCCAAGUCCCGGAGUUACGUUCGGAGCUUCUCCGGAAAUGAUAAAUGGAUGAAACACAUGAAUCCAAUAUCAUCACUACAUAUCAGUGCAUCAGACGACAUAAUUUACUCAGCCUCUCUUGAUAAAACUGUCAAAGUAUGGAGAAUUUCAGAUCUUAAAUGCACGGAGACCAUCCAAGCUCAUUCAGCUCCCAUCAAUGCCAUAGCCGUCGCUGACAACGGUGUCCUCUACACCGCAUCCGACGAUGCCACUGUCAAAGUCUGGCACCGCAACUUUGGUAGUGAAAACUCAAGUCCCCACGCUCUCAUUGUCACAUUACACGCGAACUCCUCCCCCGUAAAGACCCUCACAUUGAACGAUAAAGCCGGGAUUUUAUACGGGGGAUGCACGGAUGGGUGCAUCCACUAUUGGCUAAAGGGCUGGUUUUCGGGACAGUUGCAAUACGGGGGAAUGCUCCAGGGCCAUACACAUGCAAUCUUGUGCUUGACAAGUUUUGGUAAGUUUGUGGUGAGUGGAUCAGCGGAUUCUACGGUUCGAAUUUGGGUGAGGCAACAGGAUGGAGAGCACAAUUGUGUUGCGCUUUUGAAGGGUCACAGGGGUCCGAUAAGGAGCCUGGUGGCUUUUGCAGGUCGGGUUAUGGGAGAUGGUGAUGAGGAUGGUUGCGUAGUGUGCACCGGGAGUAUGGAUGGAGUGGUUAAAUUGUGGCAGGUUAAGUGCUCUAGCAAACAAGGUUUGAUUUGGGAGCUAGACGCUUCCUAUUGAAUUGUACGUGUUACUUUUUUCAUGUUUGUUAAGGUUUUUUUAAAUUAAAAUAUAGAUCCUUAAUAUUUUUCUA